AUGAGUCAGCCGGCAGAUUCAACAGAAAAUUCAAAAAAGAAACAUCAAUAUGUUACUUCGCGUAACAGCAAACACAAAUUAAAAAGCGUACCAUCUAACUCAUCUUACAUAUCGAUUGCUACUGAUAAUGAGAGAUUAGAUACUAAAAAUAUUGAUCAAUCAGAAAAAUCUAAAAUCAUUUCUAAUCCUGGCACCUCGUGGGCAGAUAUGAAUAAAACAAAUUCAGGAACGUGUAUUAGCGGUAGACGAUUAUGGACAAGUAGCAAUAAAUAUGUUGAAAAAUCUUCGAAUGUUCCAGUACAUGUAAAUAACAUCAUUGAAGAAGAAAGCGAAUUCAUAAGCAUGGUGACGAAACAAUUGUACCUGGCUGAGUCACAGAUGCAAAAGAUGCAAAAUCUUCUUUCAAAGGCGGAGGAACGAUUGCAAAACAAAGAUCAAGAAAUCGAAAGAUUCAAACGGAAGGUGAAGGACUUGGAGAUCAAAUGCAAGAAUCAAGAGACCUUUAGGAAGAAGGAACAACAACGAACAGACCAAAUCAACAAUUCGGAGUACCUUUACAAGCGAUGCCUCCUACUCGAACAAAAAAUCUUUGAAAUGGAGAAGUUCUUAGCCGAUUAUGGAUUGAUUUGGGUUGGAGAUAACGACACUUCAACAUUAAAUAGUGAAUACGCUAUUGAUAAUUACAUAGAGACUUAUUAUGAACAACUUAUCGCUAACAUCGAUCAAUUAAACGUAGCCGCAGGAAAAGGAGAGGUUUACGUACAUCAUAAUGAAAAAGGUAGUGGAGCAAGUUUCAAGAUGCAAUCCUGCGUAUCCUUGAAAUUUUACAAGAACGGAAUGAUCGUCCAAGGUGGUCCUCUACGUCUUUACAACGAUCCAAAAACAGCUUCUUUCAUACGUGAUAUCCUCGAUGGUUAUUUCCCAUCCGAGCUACAGGAAACCUAUCCAAACGGUGUUCCUUUCAAAGUCGAAAAUCAUAGAACAGAAGUUUAUACAAACGACGUUAAUAUUUUUCCUGGCCAUGGUUAUCGAUUAGGAAAGCAAACGUCGAAGGAUGGAUCAUCGUCGAUUCACCUUCGUAAUUCGAAAAUUUUAUCGAGUCCUUCUCGUCAAUGUAGUCCAAGGAAAAAAGAUAAUCCAUGCCAAAUUGAAUUUGCUCCUUCUUUCACCACGAGAUCAUUGAAAUCAAAAAAUUCUACAGAGUCUCAAUCAAUCGAUAUAGUUUCAUUGAGAUCUCAAAUUUUAGCAUCACACAACAACGUCUGUUCGGAUUCUCAUCUUCAAUCUCACAUUAAUGCUGAAUUAGCUUUGAGUAGUCGUAAAGAAAAACGAGAUCUCGCAACUAAAAAUACCGAAUACGAUUUAUCAGUAAGAGAAAGGAAUUCUAAAUCGACAAAUAUUUUAAGAUUUCCGACUAGUAGACGAAAUAAUCAACGUUCUUCCUUCGAUAGAUCUUCUUCAAAAUUAUCACCAAUUCGUUUAGAAAAAAUCAACGAUCGAUCUCGAAUUCGAUCAAGAUCGGCAGGUAUAUCAAAUCGUCGAGUUAAUGGAUCGAGUGUUUAUAAAUCAAAAGCAUUAUCCGAAGAUGAAGCUAGAAUGUCUGUUAAAUCUUCCGAAUCGAAAUCGCCAAGAAAUCCUCGUAUUACUAAAUCAGCAACGCAUGCUAGGAAGUCAGCUCCUCCUAUCUUGUAUCAGAUUAACGAGCCCAGUGGAAAAUCUGGGGAGCUUCGUUUGAAGGUAAGAUCAUUAAAUGGUGGCACUGUUUAUCUCGUUCAUUUAUCUGCAGACGAUUCCGUCGCUAGACUUUACGAAUUGUUGAAUGAAGCUUUACCCGCAACUUGGCACAAAGGAUACAAGAUCCUCGUUAGUGGAUAUUCACCAAAACGAUUAGAAGAAUUAGGUUCUUCCUUGAAAGAAUGUGGAAUUACACGUGACAGCGUGCUUCAUUUAAGCUACGAAGCUUUGCGCAUAGUAUAUUGCGCAGCAAGUCCGCAUCAGUGGCGACGCAGUGGCAAAGCAGUUGCAUCGCAGGGGAAAAGCAGGGAAAGGCAGAGGAAACGCCAUACUGGAAUGUGUCAGUUGUUCCAGCGCACUGCAUCAUCUAUUUUAAUCCAGGUUUCUAUGCAUUGGGAGAGUGCAGCAGAAAUACAUAUACUCAGUCAAAAAAUUGUGUUUACUCUUUUUUAUCUUCAUAUGCAUCCAGGAAUUUCUCGAGGUGACAACAGAAGAAAGACACCCGAAACAAAACGUAAACAACCGAGCACCGAGCAUUCGAUACUUCUAGAAGAUAUACACAAGGAGAUCUCCAUUUGCCCUCCGUCCUUCAACGAGUUAAGAUCUAGCGAACGUGAUCAUCGUUGGACUUAA